CCAUGCGGCCGCUGCGCACGGCCACGGCCCUCGUGCUGACGCGUCGCGGCUCCAUGUACCUGGACGAGGACGGCGACCUGGCGCACGAGUUCUUCGAGCAAGUGCCGGCCCGCCAGCCGGGCAGAACGCGCAUGCGCCGCGUCAACGUGCGCCGCCUGCGGCCGCAGGGGCUGGUGCGCUACGGGGUGCCGCGGCUGCACGUGGACCCGGUCGUGCUGUACCGAGACUGAAGCGGCGUGAUGCUCCUGGGGCCAGACCGGACUCCAGUGACCGCCCGUGCAAUCAGGAGAGGCGUGCAGGGAUCUGGCGCGCGCGCCGUGGCAGGUUGAGCUGUGCGGCUAGUCCGGCCUAGGUACGGCGCGCGGCCAGCAGCGCGGUGAUAAACAGCUUACUCAAGCGCAUUGUGGUAUAAUUUAUGGACGAAUGGAGCGGCGCGUCGGGAUGAACCGCCUCGCAGCGUGCUGACGUAAUGGGUUGCCACUUAAUACAAUUUCUGUACGUUCGUGCGGCGGUAAAUAUUCGUUGUAGCGGUGCAUUUAUGGUUCAAGUUUUUUGGUAGUUGUGCUGCGUUGUAGUACUCCUUGUUUGAAACGCUAAGUGUUUGCAAAUAGAGCUACAUCUGCUAAAUUUACGUCCGGGCGCAGUGAGCGGUUAAACAUCCAAGUUUCUUUCGUCAGCGGGGUUCAUUCCGCCUGCUUGAUGUGGUUCUGUAAACUGCAUCGGGUCACUCCUCGACAAAGAUCAAUGUUCGCAAAAGUUGUUCGUACCGAUCAUUGAUCGGUGUUUGCACGCGUGGUUGUGUCCUACGAUCGUACAUUACGGUUGUGACUGGUGUGCGCGGCCCCUGGUGCGAUGUAACGGCGUGGAGCCAUAUCCUUGGUGAACGGCGAAUAGAAUACACGGAAAUGGCCACAUGCUUCUUUGAAUGGCUCCGUGGUAAGCUGACGAGCUGCGGCCUCCAGACUUGGGACUUGCUUGGGCGUAUGAGCGUCUGCAGUCUUGUACGGAUGACAUGAGUCGCGUGUUGAGGACGGGCAGCGGCCCC